AUGACAGCUAAGACUGUUUUGGUCACCGGUAGCAAUCGCGGCAUCGGCCUCAGUCUUGCCGCACACUACAAGAACGAAGGCUGGCAAGUCAUUGGCUGCGCUCGCAAUGUCGAUGGCGCUACUGACCUCCAACGACUCGAGCCAUGGAAACUCGUGACACUUGACACGAGCAGUGAAGAGUCGAUUGCUGCAGUGGCUUCGACGCUGCAGAACGUACCGAUUCAUCUGCUGAUCAACAACGCGGGUGUCAUGGACGACCACGAUCUGGAAUCGACGACGAAAGCAGAUCUUCUACGUCAUUACGAGGUGAAUGCGGUAGGCCCUUUUCUUAUGACGAGAGCGCUGCUCCCGAACCUCCGUCUCGCUGCAGCGGCUGAAGCCCCUGCUUUCGUGGCUCAGCUGACGUCCAGAAUGGGUUGCAUCUCGGCAAACGAAACGGGAGGAACCUACGGCUACCGCGCGUCAAAGUCGGCGCUCAACAUGCUGUCCAAGUGCCUCGCUAUCGAUCUAAUGAAGGAAAACAUUGGGUGCUUAUUGCUGCAUCCGGGGUACGUCAAGACGGCCAUGGUGCAGUACCGCGGACCUAUUCUUCUCGAAGACAGCGUCAAGGGGCUCACGACGAUCAUUGCUCGCGCCAAACUUGAGGACUCGGCCAAAGUGCUCCAUUAUGAGAAAGGAAUUGUUCUUCCAUGGUAA